UGAUUCGCAAGAAGUAUUCGAGUGAGAUGAAUGGAAGAAGGGACAGGUCUACCAAAUUCGAAGGAGAGACAGAGAAUGGCUGCCACGGUGUAAAACGACAGAGUAAUAAAUGUGCCAACAAGAGUAGCAAAGAUUCCGUGAAGAUUCCUGUGAAGCCUUCAGAAAGUAAUUUCGUUAUGCAGAUCGUUUCAAUAGGCCUGAGAACAGACAAUGUGUACGAGGCGAGGAUGUUCCUGGCACCUGAAGUGGAUAUGUCAUCAGUGAAGAUAACGGUAAAGAACGACAAUCUCAGGGUGACCGUUCAUCGACCUCUAGGAGACCUGGCUAGGCAGCUUCCUGGGAUUCUUGAAAAAUCCGCCCUCGGUGAUCUAGUGAAACGCACAGUCAAGCAUUGCGAGAAUUUCCUGAUACCGGAAACCAUAAAUGCUGACGAAGUUCGCGCCGUUGUGGACAAUAAAAAACGACUGCUUAUCGUUACUGCGCCGCCAUUGAAAUCGACAAAGAGCAUAAAGCGCAGGACACCUUCUAGAAAUUAGAGAAAAUUAUGCUUGCAGGUGGUCGU